CGUGUUCCGAGCGGAGAGCCUGUCGACACGUCUCCACAUUGACCGCCCGACAUAUAUAAGUUUACUUCAUAUUCUGGAAGACCACGCAACGUCCUAAAUUCGAUCAGGCCCGUAGAACUAAAAUGACAAAUGAAGCAAAUAAUUCACCAGAUGCACCAAUACAAAUAGACGAAGAAUUAGAGGAUAUUAUUGCAGACGAAUGCUCAUGCGUUGUUUUUGAAUGCAAAUUAAGUGGCAAAUCCCCAAAGUAUAGUUCGUACAAAUGGUACAAAAACGGCAAAUGUAUUAAAUCCAGACCCACAGUAAAAGCCACAGCGAAUGGAUCGUGGUAUCGAUUAGAAAUAAUAUCAGCGAGCAUAGAAGAUGCAGGUGUUUAUUUUCUCUUGUUGGAGAGAAAUGGUAGUAAGGUUUAUUCAUAUGCAAAUUUAUAUGUGAGACCGAUAAAGAAUUCAGUCAACAAUAACAAUGAGGUCAUUUAUAUGAAUCCUCACACCAACAAUCGUUUGGUAGAAAAACAUUUGCUGCACACGCGAGUACGAGUCGGUGAAACAAUAGAAUUGGAAGCGAAGUUUACAGAUGUCGUUGACGAAUGCCAAUGGUAUAGAAGUAAUCAGCUCAUUGUUCAAAAUGAAAGAACAAUAUUUCUUAACGACACGAAGACUACGUCUCUAUCUAUAUUAUGUGCUUGCGAGACCGACACAGGUGUUUAUCAAGUCAUAUCAAAAACAAAACAUGGCGCCGCAUCCAGUUUUGCAAGUGUUGUCGUAAUUGACACAGAUUUAAAAGUGAGGAAUAGCUGUGACGUCGUACCUCGUAUUAUUGACCCGAUGGUGGACGAAAUAGAAACAAAUAUAGGAGAAGAAAUAAGACUGACUUGUAAAGCUAUUAUUGAUAAUAAUACAUCAAUUAAAUGGUUAAAAAAGGGAAAACCUUUUGAGGAAACUUUAAGAAGUAACGAGGACGUCGUGCAAGAAAUAUAUAACAAUGAAUAUAUAUCACUAAGAUUUCUCAAACCCAACCUACUCGAUACAGGGGAGUAUACCCUUAAUUUAGAAAACAAACUGACCGAUGUGACUGAUACAUCUUCUUGUUAUUUAACAGUUAAUAAGUCACCAAGCGAUUCACUUUCGCCGGUAAGAGUAAAGAAAUCGCUGAUGUCAGCAAUGACAUAUAUUGGAUCCAGAGUACUUUUCACUUGUUCCUUUGAUCUACAAGACAUGCGUUAUUACUAUGUUGUUUGGUACAUUGGACAUUAUAGAGUGGAACGUACAAACCAUCGUUUUAAUGUUUUUAGCAGAGGUGGAGAAUUCUUCUUCUUCAUAAAACAAGUUGAGCCGGGGAUGGCAGGCGAAGUAAUAUGCGAGCUUCACAUGUCGCUGCCGAAUCGCAAACGUGUUUUAGUUAACAAAACAUCUUCGAAUUUGGUCAUCGUACCAGGUGUUUAUUUGGAUCAAGAAAAGGAAUGUUGUGAUUCGUUGCAUAAGUUAUCGAUAUACAGUUUCGAUUCAAGUGUAAUCAUUCCGGUUAGAAAUGAAAAAUCAAUUGAGAAUGGUUCACACACUAAUGGAUCGAUUUAUACAAAUGGAACACAUCAAGAUAACAAUGACAGUCUCUUCCAAAUAACAUGCUGCAGACUUGAUGAAACCUGCUUCUAUUUCGACACUUGGAGCAAAAGCGAUUUUGUGAAAGAUUUAAGUAUUCGGGAAAGUUUACAUAAUACAAUUAACGGUAACGAUAUUUCCAAGUCGUUUAACAUUGAAUGGAAUUGCUAUAGUAAUAUCAAGACAAAAUGGUACGUUAUUGAAUUUAGUCAGUCGGAUAACGAUUUCGUCAAAGCCGGCGUUUCUAGUAUGCCCAUGUUCGAUCUAAAAGAUCCUCCUUUAGAACAACUUAUGAAUUUUAGAAUUAUGGCCAUUGACGCUAGCGAUUCCAGUGAAUAUAGAGUUUCAAUAAGUCCCGCUACAAAAGAGUUGAUAUUAAAUAAAAAAGAAGUUGAUAUUAGGCCAAUGGAAGAAUUUGCAUCGUUGUAUACAAAAACAGGAGAUAUGAUUGGAUGUGGUGCUUUCGGCAGCGUAGUCCUUGUAAAGGACAAAAGAGACGAUUUUUACGCUGCAAAAUUUUUGAAAACUAGAACGCAGAAGAAAAGGGAUACAGCGCUAAGGGAAUUUCAAAUAAUGAGAAAUCUCAACCAUUCCAAACUUGUUGAACUCAUUGAUACUUUUGUUUCCAAAGAAGCUUUUGUUCUAGUGAUGGACUACUUAUGGGGAGGCGAACUGUUUGAUCGAAUAGUAGAAGAGGAGCACAUAAAAGAAGUGGAUGUAGUUCCCUAUGUUAAACAAAUAUGUGAGGCGCUGCAAUAUUUACAUAACUUAGAAAUAGCCCACUUAGACCUCAAACCAGAGAAUAUAAUCUGUCUCAGUCCUAACUCGAGACAAGUGAAAAUAAUAGACUUUGGAUUGGCGAGGGUCUUAAGUGAUGGCCACAAAACUAGAGCAAUUUAUGGGACCAAAGACUACGUCGCUCCGGAGGUGUUGAACUUCGAGCAACUCACGCUAGCCUGUGACAUGUGGAGCUUAGGAGUAGUUACAUACAUGUUACUCUCGGGGGUGAUGCCCUUUAGUGGCGAUACAUGGGUGCAGAGAUCAGCAAAUAUAACAAGAGCCAACUAUAAUUAUUCCGAAUCUGACUUCGUGGAAAUAUCAGAUUUAGCGAAAGAUUUUGUCGACCAUUUACUGGUGCUACAACCUAAAAAGCGCAUGAGUUCGACUGCUGCUUUAAAUCACCAAUGGAUAUUGGAAGGUCCUCCCGAUGGUGCCAAAGCGGGACAUAUGAAGAGAGCUAGAGAGAACUUGAAGUCGUAUCUCGCGAAUUACAGAGCCAGAUGGCAGAGGGCGGGCAAUGUGAUGAUAGCCGCACACAGACUGCGCACGCAUCUGGCGGGCCACAAAGUCACACCGCACAAGACAGAAUUCGAAAUAAUACAAUGAUGUUGGAUGAAAUGCGAAUCUACCUGAAGAACAUGCUUACUGCUUAGCUGAAGACUGCACAACUAGUCUUAUAUAUAAUUAAA